UGGGAGAUGUGUUCCCAUCGCGGAUCUGGAGGAACGCAUCACGUUGGGCUAUUUAGGUAAUUUUUUGUUAGUGAUGGUUUGGGGUCAUGGGACGUACAAUGACGGAUAUAUAAGUUCACCGAGGAUGUAGAGAUAGUUCCACAUGCAUCACUGCGUCCCCUCAUCCCAUGAUAUAAAUACAAACAUCCAAUACCUACCUACAUAUACAACAGCAUCUAUAAAACCCCAUCGAUAACCCAGCAAAGCAAAGCCCAAUACCAGCAAAUCCGAACCCCCCAUUCCCGCACCCAAAAUGCAUCUCCACCACAUCCUCCCCUCCCUCAUCCUCCCCAGCACAGUCCUCAGCCUCCCAACAAGCCCUACGACAACCUCCCCGGACGACUCCAGCUCGACCUGCAGUCUAUACCCGUACCCCUCUCCGCCGACGAACCCACCGUCGUGUUGGGCAUGGGAAACCCAACCGGGCGAUCCAUCCAACUACUGCGGACCCACCACGCUCUCCAUAGUCGCAUCCGCCAGCACCACCUCAUCAACCUGGCUUGACGGUUGUACUUCCCUUCGCGAUGCCCAGGUCGCUUCGAAUCGAGAUUACCUCCUAGCGACGUAUUCGACAGACAAUUUCAACACGCUACUCACGUCAGGUGAAUGUGCGUUCCAAGUACAGCCUGCAACACCGCCGUCAAGCGAUCAGGUAUACAUCGGGGGGACCGAUGUCGUCGAUGUGCUCGGGUCCGCUAUCGAUGCCGCUAAAGCCUCGGGUGGGAAGAACGGCGUGGAGGGAUCAAUGACUUGUGCGCCUGGCGAAGUAAAGUGGAGGGUCGUGCCUAUAUGAAUGACUAAGGGGAUAUGCGAACGGAGUCCGCUAUACGAGUCAUCUAGUUGAGUCAGCUAGCCCCAAAUUUACACUCACUUCACACACAGAAAAGAGUCCAGACUCUGUCGGAAUAAAUGUGUCCUUCAACUUCAUUUGAGCCGAAGCCGUCUGGUACCGCAUCACGUAGAAAUCUCAAGGUUGAAAAACGAUCAAAUACUUUUGUAUUGCAGUAGGGCGCCUAUAGCGAAUGUCUCUCCCUAGUCCAAUGAUUAAUACUUCCCCGACCCAAGACUGAGGGUCUUCCGCAAACUCCUGAAUGAAAUGCAUCGUCCUUGGACGCUAUAAUUCAUUAGACAGGAAGCGCCGAGCCGAAUUACGCAGGUAG